GCAGGAGCGCGGCGGGGAACGCCGCGGGCCGGGCAGGAGCGCGGCGGGGAACGCUGUGGGCCGGCGCCGCUUCGCCCCGGCAGCCCUGGGCCAGCCGAGUGGGCGGGCAGCUCGCCGUAGUGUGACCUGUCAAGGCCGGGAGAUGUCCACCCCGCCUCUGGCCGGGGCAGGGAUGCCGCCCGGUGCCUUCUCCGGGACGCAGGCUCAGGCUGCCAGGGAGGUGAACACGGCUUCCCUCUGCCGCAUCGGCCAGGAGACCGUGCAGGACAUUGUCUUUCGAACCAUGGAAAUCUUCCAGCUGCUGAGGAACAUGCAGUUACCAAAUGGUGUUACUUAUCAUACUGCAACAUAUCAAGACAGACUGGCAAAGCUGCAGGAACAUCUCCGUCAGCUAUCAAUACUCUUCAGAAAACUGAGAUUAGUCUAUGACAAAUGUAAUGAAAACUGUGCUGGGCUCGAUCCUGUUCCCAUAGAACAACUUAUUCCAUAUGUUGAAGAAGAUGGCUCCAAGCAUGAUGAUCGUGGUGCUGCAAGUCAGCUUCGUUUUGCUAGUGAAGAGAGAAGGGAAAUCAUGGAAGUAAAUAAGAAACUGAAACAGAAGAAUCAGCAGCUGAAGCAGAUCAUGGAUCAGUUACGAAAUCUUAUUUGGGACAUAAAUGCCAUGUUGGCAAUGAGGAACUGAACAAGGAGAAUCAAUCUUUGUAACUAAAGAAGAUACAAAUCUGCUUGGAUAUACUUAACUUCCUUCUAAGAAGUAACAUGUUUUUCCAUCAUUAUAUUGCAAUAAUGUUUGAAAAGUCUCAAAGAUUAAAGUGUUGGGUCAUUUUCUAGUAAUGUAAAUGGUGUUGGAUUUGUUUUUGUAGAAGAUUCAUUGUGUAAGUUUUACCUGUGCAAUUCUGCUGUACAGCUUCAGUAAUUUGCAGUAGUAGUUUGGAUUGCUAUGCAGAUAGGGGGUUUUAUAAAUUAAGUGUUUCUGGAUUUUCUUUAUAAUACAAUUAAAAAUUAUAAAAACAUGUGUUUAUAUGCAGUUUUUUCUGCAGUGCAAAUGCCUCUACAGAGAGGAAAACUUGCAAGACAGGAAAGUUACUCCAGAAAGCUAGAGGGCUGAAAUCAGCAAUCAGAUACUGCAAUUCUGUCUGCAGUAUUUUUUAUGUUAUCUGCAGUGCAGAGCAGGAUAAUCCCCUCCCUUGCCCAGUGAUGCUGUGCCUGAUGCCUCCCAGGACAGGGUUGGCCCUGCUGGCUGCCAGGGCACUGCUGGCUCAUGUUCAAUUUGCCAUUGUCCAGGACUCCCAGGUCCUUUUCCACAGUGCUGCUUUCCAGCCUCUCAUUCCCCAGUCUAUACACACAGCUGGGGCUGCUCCAUCCCAGGUGCAGAAUCUGGCACUUGCCCUUGUUAAACUUCACACAGUUGGAGAUUGCCCAACCCUUUAAUUUGUGGAGGUCUCUCUGCAGGGCCUUUCUGACCCCAAGGGAGUUGACAGCUCCUCCCAGUUCAGCACCAUCCACAAACUUCGUAUUCAUUCCAGUCCUGCAUUGAAGAGCAAAGGGCCAAGGAUGGAGCCCUGCAGAACCCCACCAGUCUGAUGUGCCCCAUUCACUGUAAGGCUGUUGCCCAACCCAUUAGUCAGUUGCUUACCUGUCAUGUAACUCAGUUAUCCAGCUGUGUGCUGGACAUUUUGUCCAGAAGGCUUCUGUGAGAGACAUUAUCCAAAAGCAUUGCUGAAGUCCGAAAAUAUCACAUCUGCUGGCUUUCCUAGAUCACUUAGGUGGGUUACCCUGUUCUAGAAGGAAAUCAGGUUCAUCAAGCAGGACUUGCCCCUCAUGAAGCCAUGCUGGCUCUGAACAACUGUGGCUGGUGGUGUAUUUAUGUAUGGUUGGAAUACUUUGGUUUUGUUUACCAGAAUUCAGUGAAUAAAUACCUCAUUAAUCUUUUCCCUAUAACUAUCAGUCAUAGUAAACUUUGGAGUGUGUGAGCCGUUCAUUAUUUUGAGCUAAUCAUAAACUUCAUCUUUCUUUGUUCUAACUUUGUUGUGCCUCACAAUUUUCAUUUGCCCGGAAAAUAAUCUUGAAAAUUUUUGUUAUCCACAGAUGCUGCCAGUGUACUAUGUGUCUCUUUCUCCAGAUGAAAAGAUACAUAAAACAACAUUUUCAGUAUAAAUCCAUAGGGCACUUUAAUCUUAGUGUUUGUCAGCUUGAAAACUAGCCAUCCUUAGUAUUUGCUUCUUGUGUAUCACUUUUAACUUAUUCCAUGCCCACUCAGACUCCAUAGUAGUUCUAUGUGAAAGACUUGUUCAGAACCUCCUGAAACCUCCAGUUAAGUGUUACCCUUUUAAAAGCUACCUUUUUUGCAGUCUGAUGGUUUGAUACUGAACACUUACUGAUUUGAGAUUAAUGGAUUUUAAAAUGUUACACUGAUUUUCAGAGUCAUAGCAUGGUUUGUGUUGGAAGGGACCCUGAAGACUAUCUUGUUCCAACACCUCUGCCACCGACAGGGUUGCUCAGAGGCUCCUCCAGCCUCACCUUGAACACUGCCAUGGAUGGGACAUCUGCAGCUUCUCUGGGCAACCUGUUCUAGUGUCUCAUCACCCGCAUAGAUGUUUUGUUGUUCUAUGAGCCUCUUUAAUUCUGGGGUAUUUUUAAUAAUUUCAACCCAUUUGUCUACUCCUUGAGGCAAAAAUCACUGGUAACAGAUCUGAUCACACCUGGUUAACAUUAUGUGACUUUUCCCUGAAAAUAAGUACAAGUCUUUUGUUUCUCUUUUUAAAGGCUGUAAAUAUUAACAGAUGGAUGAACAUCUAGUCUCAGAGUUGAAAAUAAAGUGGUAGAAAAUGCUGAUUUUGAUUAGUUUACCUGGUGUUGAAAGUAGUCUGUAUGUAUGACAGUACCUAGAUAUGAGUAGAUGUCAGAACACCUUACAAAUAAAAUCUCUCUCUUUUUUCCUAUGUCACAAUUGCAAGAGUAGAUCUCUUCCUCUGUGGCAAAGGCUGCAGCAGAAUUGUUUGUUCCCUGUUUAGAUUCAGCACUAUGGCAGAUUUGCUGGUCAGAAAUAAUAGUUUUUUCUGCAGCUGUGAGAGUCAUAACUAUUUCAUAUGCAAAGCUUUUGAAAAAGAGAUGACUGCAAGUAGAGAUUUUACUUUGUUGUUGGUUUAAAAUGCAAAUGCAUUUAUCUAUUUGCAAGCUGUAGUGGCAGCUUUCUGUUUAGUGCAUGCAUAAGCAUGCAGGCAGCUUGGAAGAAGUAUUUGAAGUGAAUUCUGAAAUGGCACCAUCAUCUUUAAUUAUAAGUGUAAAAUUCUCAGUUCUUCAUAUUUUUGUUCUAUUUUUAGAACAAUUAUGGAAAAUGGAGAUUAGACUUCACUGUACAGCUCAUAUGGCAUUUAGGUCUUCUUGCUAAAUGUGUUUAAAGUUUGGUGACUUUUUUAUUACACACAAACAGUACAGAAGUAACCUAAAAUGUGAGUAGGAGUGCAGCUAUUGCAAGUAGAUGUCUGGGUGAUGAAAUAUUCGGCUUUCUCUGUGCAGCUGCUAGCAGUAGCCAAGGUCUGUGCUACAAUUUUUCAUCUGGGAAAGAAGAGAAACACUUCAAACCACUACCAGAAUAGAUGGGCAGUAGCUAAAUUGCAAAGUGCAGAAAUAGACAGAAUUGUAAAUUAUCACAGUAAAUACUGUCAAAACAGGACUGUGCAAGGUGUUGGACCAAAACCAUAUACUUUGACUUACACAGAUGAAAGUAAGGGUAGUGAAUAUAUUUCAAAUGCUAUCGGGUCCAUGAAUAAGUAUAGGAUCUGGCCAAGAAGAUGGCAGUUUUAAGAAAAGUGAUUCUUCAGCUGUGAAACACUUGAAUGAAUUACUGGGCAUCUACAUGUGCUGAAAUUUAAUAUUUUAUUAAUGCUAACUGAACUUUAACUGCUGCUUAAUGGAAUGGCGCCAGAUGAGGUAUUUACAAAUACCAGUAAAGCAAUACAAACACAGAUGUUUCAGUGUUUGGUUUAUGUAUCAUUGACUGUUAUAACAUUAUAUAUCAUUGAAAUUAUCUUCAUGCUUCUGGCACUCUCCUACUUUCCUUAUGAGAUUGGUGGCUCCCAGAAUUGCUGCCUGCAACAGUGCUGGUCUUGUCCCUCCUGAACACACAGAGCUCUGACUGGCUCUGGAAGUGCCCCCUCUUCAUGUGGAACAUCAUUUUCAUGUGACUGGUAAUAAGUUUAGCUGCUUGCUAAUGGUUGGACUCAAUGGUCAUAAAGGUCUUUUUGGUCUUAAAUAAUUCUAUGAUUUUGUGGCUAUUUUUAUAUUUUCGAUAAGGGAGAAGCUGGAUAAACAUGCUGAUACUUCCAAAAGCAAAUAACAGAAAAUAUGAUCAUUAUAUUUUGGGAAUACAAAAAUAUUUGAGGGGUUUGGAUUUCCUGGGAUCUUGUUUUGCCCAGAUACGACUUGGAAGAGUAGGGCUACGAUGCAUAAUACUUUAAAGUGUAUUUGUGGGAAAUAGUCUCAAGUUAACACAGACUCUAAAAUACUACCAUUAAUCCAAGACCUUUGUAGACAAAAUAAAGGAUAUUGAAUGUGUGGUUCAGUGUCACAGCACAGAAGAUGCCUGCUAGGCAGUAUGCAAAGUCCAAGGUUUUUCUUACAUAAAAAGACAAAAGUUUAGAGCAGAUUUAUGCCUUGCUCAGGAAAGAUACAAAGAGCUUACCUUACCUCUUGUCUUCCAUAGAGGUAGCAAGGCCAAAUCCAUGACUAUUGUUGUUUUCCAGAGAAAAACCCUGCUCUGAUUGUAGUAUUUCUUACUGAUGGAGAAGCUGGAACUUUUGCACAAAUGCUACUCAAAUUAAUCUCUAAAGAAGGGACUUGGAGGAGGACAAGGAUUCUGUAGGAACCAAGAUUUCAUUGGUGUGCAGGAUGGCUGCAGAAACCAAAAACACUACAGCUGAAGGGUAGUUGACUAUUGCUGUGGAAAACAGUACGCUCCAGAUAAGGGUUUGAAGACCUGAAUUCAAAAAUAAAACUUUAAAAAAUGUACAGUGGCACCCAAAGACACUGUGAGUCGGCUGGGGUUGACAGAGCAUGGAUUAGUUUAAUUGCUUCAUGCUAGCAGAUGAAAUGGGGGAUUAUAAAGGAAUUUACAAAUACAUCAGUGGAGAAAUAAUAUUUGGGUAAGGAAAUGAGUAGUUUUCUCAUUCCCUUAUGUAAUAGGAAUGGAGUCUGAUGUGGUAGAGCAUCAGCUUUAAAAGAGAAGGGGGUUUUCCUGACUUGGAAGGUUAUUUCAUAGGCAGAGAGAACAUGCUGGCUGAUACAUAUUGGAGGAUAUUAAUUAAAGUGAAAGAAAUAUGUACCAAUGCCUGUUUUUAUUUAACAAAAUGUAAUGGAUAAGUGGAAUGUAAGAGCUCAAUAAAUACAAUAUAGUAAAA